ACACUGCAGAUUCUUUUUGUCAAAUAAUUUUUUUCCAAUAUGGCGGAAGUUUGGUGGUGUUGAACGCAUUUAACAAGUUAUUUUAACAAAUUAACUUGCUAUAAUUAAUUGCAAUUACUUAAAGUAACCUAAAUUAUUAAAGUUAACAAAAGCUUUUAGCUAAACCACAAAUAAUAUAUAAUAUUUGUAUAUUAUUUGAUUAAAAAAUUAAAACAAAAAAAAAAUUUGUAGGGUUCUGCCGUCAGUGCAAAAGUAGAAUAUCAAAAAAAAAAUAGAAGAAAAAAUCAUCGCCGUGGUCUAAAAAAUCAGACAGAUAUAAAAAUACAAAAAUACCCUUGUGUUUAUUGUGGUCAAUAAAUAAAAUUAUUUAUGCAAAUAAUACUUAAAUAAAAGUAAACCGAAUAAAUUAAAUACUUAAUUUUUUGUUUAGUGAAUGUAAAAAUAAUAAAAAAAAAUAAAAAUUAAGGCGUGAAUUGUUUGCAAAAGAAAGAAACCAAUAAAUAUGUUAAAGAAUAGUGUGUGCCACUGUGUGUGUAUGAAAAUUGAAAUACAACAACAACAACCACAAGAAGAAGCAGCAAUAUAAAAAAUGUAGUAAUAAUAACAGUGCAAAAGAGAAGAAGUGAUAAAACGGAUGCAAAAUAGCAAAACACAAUUUAUUUUAAUUAUUUUUAAAAGAUACCACCACCACUAACACCAGCACUUACAAUAUAAAUAUGCAAAAUUUUCACUGCAAAUAUGUUAAAGCUGUUAAUGCCUGCCUGCCUGACACAAAUUGUAAUAUUUAAUACAAUAUAAAAAGAAUUUCUUGUUUUUAUAGAAAUAUAUUUUAUAUUAAUUAUCAUUGUGUAAUAACAUCUACAACAACAACACCAACCAACAACAAAAAGGCAACAAAUAUGUUUUAAACUGCAACGUUACCGAAAAUUUGUCUAUAUUUUCUUUCUUUAUUUAAAAUUUUUUUUUUUGUUUUUUUUUGUGUAUAAAAUUGUAUUUUAUUUUUAUUUAAAUUAUGAAUAAGUUGGAAUAUCCCCGACGCAAUGGAGCACACAAAAUUCGUAUAACAAUAUUGUGUGCUAGAAAUUUGGUUCGAAAGGAUUUGUUUCGCCUUCCUGACCCUUUUGCAAAGGUUCAAGUUGAUGGCACCGGUCAGGUUUAUUCGACGGAAAUUAGUAAAUCCACCUUAGAUCCAAAAUGGAAUGCCCAUUACGAUUUAUUUUUGGGACGCAACGAUUCCAUAACGAUAACCGUUUGGAAUCAAAGGAAAAUACACAAGGGCAGUGGAUUUUUGGGCUGUGUGCGUAUACCGCCCGAGACCAUACAACGUUUGAAAGGAGCUGGAUUCCAACGCCUUGAUUUGGGUAAAUUUGCCCCGGACGAUGAUGAAAUGGUGCGUGGCCAAAUAAUUAUUGCUUUUCUGUCGAAAGAUGGUCCCUGCAGUGGUAAUCCUUUGGCUAUUGUCGGCCCUGGUGGUGAUGUUAGGGGCCCUUCCGAAGAUGACUCCUCGGAGGACAGUCUGCCCGAGGGCUGGGAAGAACGACGCACGGGCAAUGGUCGAGUUUACUAUGUAAAUCAUACAACAAAAACCACACAAUGGGAUCGUCCCAGUAAGCAUAACAAUCACCACAGCCAUCAGCAUCAUCAACAGCAGCCAAUAACACAGCAUCAUCGUUCUACCACACAGAAUGGUACAGCGAAUGCAACAACACAUCAUCCAGCCGGACCAACACGUUCAACUACUUGCACCAAUUUAUUAAACGGCCACAGUAGCAGAAGCGGGAGAGAUAACGAUGAACGGCGACACUCUACGGAAAUACUAUCGACCCCCAAUAACACAUCAGCAGUUAGUUUGGGCAAAGAGAACUGUAGUCCCACUAGAGUGGAACAACAGGCAAAAGACACUAGUAAUACACCCGUGGCUUCAACGCCCAACAAUAGGAAAACAAAUCGCUCAAACACAUCACCCACAACAGCCAACAGUUCGGCGACCAAUGGUGGGGGAGUUGUUGCUACAGAAGGCUCAACGGUGACAGCUCCACAAACACCCAGGCAUCAACAUCAAAUUAGUGGUGAUAAUCAUGUUAGCAAAACACCAAAGCAUGCCACACCAGCUCCAACAGCAUUGACCAACGGCCAUCAUAUACACAAUGAAACAGCAACUACAACCACACCUCAGCGUAUACAAACUGCCCAAAAUCUAACAAAUGGUAAUGCCAACACCAACAGCAGCACUUGUAAUGGCAGUCCUCAGUCUGCCCAGCCACAAUCGGCGGGCACAUGGAAUGCCAACGAUGGUGACACUUCAAAUAAUUCAACACGACAUAGUCCCACAACAAAUGGUAACAAUGGCACAGCCAAUAGCAGCAUUACAAUAACAAUAACAACAGCAGGAGUAACAGGGUCAGGUACAACGGUACAAAGUCCCAAUGCCAACUCUGCCAACACAACAUCUAAUAACACGCAACAGGCCACACCUACCAGCUCUAGCAACAAUCAUGGCAGCAGUUCGCAACGUGAAAGAGUUAGCGCUGAGUCCUCGAGAGGAGAAACACGUUCGCAAUCGGGCACGCCUACAUCAGCCUCUACUUCUAAUGCGGCUGGUGCUCAGCGUUCUCAAAGACGUUCCUCGCGCUCGUCGGAGGAGUCAGGCAGGCGUAGGGGAUCCCGAAGUGCUCGUUCCAACAAUAGCAAUGCGCACAGAUAUCCAGGCCCGCCACCAGGCGGCCCCGUCAAUCAAGCAGCCAGACCAUUUAUGGAUUUGCCACCGGGCUAUGAAAUGCGUAUUACACAACAAGGUCAGGUGUAUUUCUAUCACAUACCCACAGCAAUCUCCACCUGGCAUGAUCCUAGAAUACCUAGAGAUUUUCAUCCAGAAAAUUUAACUCUAGAUGCUAUAGGUCCACUACCCAGUGGCUGGGAGCAAAGAAAAACGGCCUCGGGUAGAGUGUAUUUUGUGGAUCACAACAAUAGAACCACACAGUUUACAGAUCCACGGCUCAAUGGCAAUAUUUUGCAGUUAAUACGUAGAGGGGCAGUGCCACCCCCAACUGGCAGUAGUAGUGGGGGAGGUGGCAGUAAUGCCAAUACAUCUACCACCGGUAGUAGUAGCAAUGCUGGAGUGGCCAAUAAUACAAGUGGUGGUGGUGGUGGUGUGGGUUCAGGUAAUGGCAGUAUUAUACAACAUUUAUCACCAGCUUCCUCGCAUCCUUUGGCGGGCACUGGCAUCUCGGCCAAUACGCCCACCUCGAACUCCUCCUCCUCCUCCCACACACCACAUCGUUCGACGGCUGGCAAUAACACCAACAUCAUACCCACAGAAGGUCGUGCCGUACCCGCCGAUCUACCACAGGGUCUACUAGAGGGUGCCGACCUGCUACCCAAAUACCGACGAGACCUAGUUGGCAAACUACGAGCUUUACGCACCGAACUGCAAGCCUUGCAGCCUCAAUCCGGCCACUGCCGUCUCGAGGUCUCACGUAGCGAAAUCUUCGAGGAGAGUUAUAGACUGAUCAUGAAAAUGCGUCCCAAGGAUAUGCGUAAACGACUGAUGGUUAAAUUCAAGGGCGAGGAGGGUCUCGACUAUGGCGGCGUUGCACGCGAAUGGUUGCAUCUGUUGUCGCGCGAAAUGCUCAAUCCCCAGUAUGGUCUGUUCCAGUACAGUCGUGACGAUCACUAUACGCUGCAAAUAAAUCCCGAUUCCGGUGUGAAUCCCGAUCAUUUGUCAUAUUUUCAUUUUGUCGGCCGUACUCUGGGCAUAGCGGUAUUUCAUGGUCAUUGUUUGGAUGGCGGCUUCACAACACCAUUCUACAAGCAAUUGCUCAAUAAACCAAUAACUUUAAGUGAUAUAGAAGGUGUUGAUCCGGAGCUGCAUAGAAGUUUAACAUGGAUGUUAGAAAACAAUAUAACAAAUGUUAUAGAGUCUACAUUUAGUGUAGAAAACAAUAGUUUUGGUGCUUUAGUUGUACAUGAACUUAAACCAUCGGGCGCUUCCAUACCAGUAACCGAAGAUAAUAAACGGGAAUAUGUUAAGCUGUAUGUAAAUUAUAGAUUUAUGCGGGGUAUUGAACAACAAUUUUUAGCAUUACAAAAAGGCUUUUGUGAAUUGAUACCGAAUCAUUUGUUGAGACCAUUUGAUGAACGCGAAUUGGAAUUGGUUAUUGGCGGCAUAUCCAGUAUUGAUGUCAAUGAUUGGCGCAACAAUACCAGACUGAAACACUGUACACCCGAGACACAACAAGUUAUAUGGUUUUGGCAGGUGGUGGAAUCCUAUACUUCUGAAAUGCGUGCCAGACUUUUGCAAUUUGUUACCGGCUCUUCGCGUGUUCCUUUGCAAGGUUUUCGUGCUUUACAGGGCUCCACGGGCGCUGUAGGACCACGUUUAUUUACCAUACACUUAACCCAAGAUGUUCCCCUACAAAAUCUACCCAAAGCUCAUACAUGUUUUAAUCGUAUUGAUUUGCCACCCUACGACAGCUACCAGCUGUUGUAUGAUAAACUAACACAAGCCGUGGAAGAAACUUGUGGAUUUGCCGUGGAAUAAAUUAAUAACUUAAAUAAAACAUUUAAGAAAAUAAAAAAGAAAGAAAAAAAAACAAAACAGAUAAAGUAAAAUGUGAUGAAAGUAUAUACAUAUACAUAAAUAAUAAAUAAAUAAAUAUUAAAGCAAAAUAUUAUUAUAAUAAAACGACGAACAAAAGUAAUAAGAAAACAAAAAACAAAACUUGAGACCAGGAUAUUGAAACUUAAAUUAUAUUAAGGUUAUUCUUUCCUUAGCUCUGCAACACACUUCCCCACUACUAACUACACUUCUCAAACCAAUCAUACCAUUAUACAAUAAUGUUGACCACAAUUUAUUUGUUAUAUCUAUCUGUACACAUAUAUUAUUUGCUGCAUAUAAAAUAAGUUUAAAAAACUCUUCUAUGUUUUAACUUAUACUAGGUUUAGCUAUGUUUCAUUCAUACCCACUUUGCUCUCAUAAUCCCCACAUAAACCCAUUAAACUAUAUAUAAAUAUAAUAUUAAAUUAAAGAAAAUAAUUAAAAAUUUAUACAUAAAAUACUUACCAUACUUACAAUAUACUACAUAUAUUUAAAUGAGCAAUAGUUUUCUAAGAAGUAUAAAAUUCAUUUACAGUUUUAUGUUUAAAAACUGUUUAUUUUUGUUUUAGUUUUUUUUAUUUUUCAAGUUUUUUUAUUAAAAAAAAUUAUUGUUUUAUCUUUUGUUUGCUUUGAUAAGAAGUGGUCUAAACACAAUUACACAUCAACACUGUAAAGUUAAUAUUUAAUGUAUAAUGUAUAAAAAAAACCCAAGAAAGAUUGAUAUAAAUGUAUUUAUACAAAA